UCGACGCCAAAAAAUCAGUGACGAUAUUCCCACUGCUUCAACAGCCCAGCCAGUCCUUGCGCCAGCGGAACCGGUCGACCUCCCACUUCCCAGUGUCCACGACAAUGGCGUCCAACAGCGGCGUACCCGAAACAGAGGACGUCAAGUCCUCAAUCUUUAGCAAGCUGCACGAUUACGGUACAAACCCCCUCCCGCCCGCCAUCCACGCCAUCUUCAUCGCCGCUCUGCAUGCGCGGCCCCUCAAGGUCCUCCCGUUCUCCUUCGCGCCCGCCCUGCUUUUCAGCAGCUACGUCAACCUUGCCGGCUUCCCUACCGACAGUGCCGGCUUCACCUGCGCCCUCUCGGGCCUGUAUGCCCUCCUCGCCCUGCGCCGCCGCCAGCCCCUGCGCAGCAAGUUCACUGCCCGUGGCCUUGUGCGCGGCACCGCAAUUGGCAUGGGCUUUGCCAACUCGGCUGCCGGCGCCUGGGUCUACGCCAACGGCGACCGCAAGGCGGACGAGGCCGCGAGAAGGGAGCGGAACCGCUGGGGUGGCGACGUGUAGAGUCGUUGAAAAGGGAGACCCGUCGGAGAUUCCCGAUCGCGGGAAAGCGGCUUGGAGAAGAGCAGCUCGUUGUAGUCUGCCUCUGUCAGGUCUGCAAAAAUUGCAAUGGAUGUUGCACGCCUCCUCGGAUGCUUGCUGACUGACUGACCGUUGCAAAGGAAGACAGAGAUGCCAAGCCAAGGCGAGGCGGGGGCCCGGGUUGUCGACGGCAGGAGAAACAUUGUAGGAUUGUGCAAGAUGUAUUGUCAGAUAUUGAAAGACGUCGGGUUAGACGAAAUGUCGCCGCGCGCGAAAUGGCGGCGUCCGGGGGACCGAGGGAGGGUUGACACGUCGCAUCGCCUUGCAAGGCUUGGAAUCAAUCCUCGACGCGGAUAUAUCACACGCAGAGAGCAGAUAGACAAGCAGGCGGCCCUCUUUGAGAGAGGGGGCUUGUAUGAUAAUAUCAUGUAAGACCAUCACAAAUACUUACUCAACAAAAGACAGUAAACAU